GUCCGGCCCGCCAGUACGGCUGUAUGCCGGCGACGCAAGGUGCAACAGUGCAGGGCCAGGACGCGCAUUGUCCAGAUAUUCCGACAGACUCGCACAGGAAUCGGCGUCCGCUGAUCAAACAGCACACAAACCGUGUCAUCCUCAGAGACUGCAGCCAUGUACCUGCUGCUGCUGCUGGUCACCGCCUGCACGGCGCUCCCCAACCACCACUACGACACGGCGGCGGGCAGCACACAGGCGGCCUUCAUCAAACUGGUCACAGAGGGACCCCCAGACACAUGCGUCAGCAAUUCGUGCGCGGCCAAGCAGCGCUGUGAGGUUCGCCAGUGCCGCUGUGAAGUGUGUAUUCCGAAGACCUGCGCCGACAUCACGUGCGGCCCCAAUGAGGUGUGUGAAGACACACCGGACGGGCCCAUCUGCAGGCCAAAGACGUGCAAGGAGAUAAUGUGUGCGCCCAACGAGCUCUGUGACGAUACACCGCAGGGAGGAAAAUGUCGGCCCAAGACAUGCGAAGACAUCACUUGUUUGCCAAAGGAGGUCUGUGAACUCAACUACGGACAGCCGGAAUGCAGACCGAAGACGUGCAAGGAGAUAGUGUGUGCGCCCAACGAGCUCUGUGACGAUACACCGCAGGGAGGCAGAUGCCGGCCCAAGACAUGUGACGACAUCACCUGCCUGCCCAAUGAAGUAUGCGACGAGAGCUACGGAGAGCCGAAAUGCAGACCAAAGACGUGCAAGGAGCUGGUCUGCAAGCCCUACGAGCUCUGUGACGACACUCCGGACGGAGGCAGAUGCCGACCCAAGACUUGUGAAGACAUUGAGUGUGCGCCGUACGAGAAGUGCGAGAUCCUCGACGGCCAGCCCCGCUGCAGACCCGUGACCUGCGUGGACAUCCGGUGUGCGGCUGGGGAGAGGUGUGAUGACCUGCCCGACGGGCCCGACUGCGUGCCAGACGUGCCGACGUGCGAGGGCUUCUUCUGCCGUCGCGGCACCAACUGCUACAUUCGCCAGGGCUCGCCCAUCUGUCUGCCCAACACGUGCGAGGUGCGCGAGUGUGAGCCGGGACUCAACUGUAUCGACACGCCCGACGGAGCGCUCUGCCGAAAGGGGGAACUGCGCGGCACCUGCACGGGCAAGUACUGUCCGCCCAACACGGUCUGUGAGCUGACCACCGAGGGCCCGACCUGCGCGCACAUCUGAGGGGCGACCCGGGCCGACCUGCGCGCACAUCUGAGGGGCGACUCGGGCCGACCUGCGCGCACAUCUGGGGGUCCGGGAACCGACCUCACCGCGUGCCGCCGCAGCCCGGCAGCGCGCUUCCUUGUACUUUCGUGCUCAACUCAAAACCGACUGUUUUUACAUGUACAAAACGCAGAAGCACAGGAGGUCAAGGUUAAAAAGGACCAUUUCGAGACGGUUCCAAUAUUUCUAACCCGUGGAAUGGGUAUCUCAGCAGUUUCGCUAGCUUGCUUGACCUCGGCCCCUGUGUACAUAUUUGACCUUUUGCAUGUGCGACCGACUAACGCGUUGGAACAAAGUACGUUUGACGAAAUGACAUAUUUAUACAAAUAGGACGUAUGCAAGCAAUUCGAUGUCAGAGCAAUGCUUAUGAAAUAUCGCAAUAAAGCCAUUGACGAACAGAGAAACCGAGCAUUUUUGAAAACGGCUGUGUAAAU